AUGGCGCCGAGGCCGCACGCCGUGGUGUUGCCGUACCCAUUCUCCGGCACCAUCAACCCGGCGCUGCAGGUCGCCAAGCUGCUGCACCGCCGAGGCGUCUACGUCACCUUCGUCAACACCGAGCACAACCACCGCAAGGCCGGCGCCGACGCCGUGCGCGGCCACGACGGGUUCCGCUUCGAGUCCAUCCCGGACGGCCUGGACGAGGCCGCCCGCGCCGUGCAGGACUACGGGCGCGGCCUCUGCAUCUCCACGCGCACCCGCUGCGCGGCGCCGCUGCGGGACCUCGUCGCCAGGCUCAACGCCACGCCCGGCGUGCCGCCCGUGACCUGCGUGGUACCGGCGCUCAUGAGCUUCGCGCUGGACGUGGCGCGGGAGCUGGGCGUCCCGAGCGUGGCGUUCUGGGGCGGUAGCGCGGCGUCGCUCAUGUGCCACAUGCGGCUCCCGGAGCUCCAGGACAGAGGCUACCUCCCUCUCAAAGAUGAGAGCUGCCUGACGAACGGCCAUCUGCUGCAGACGACGCUCAUCGACUGGAUCCCCGGCAUGCCGCCGAUCAGCCUCGGCGACGUAUCCAGCUUCGUCCGCACCACCGAUCCGGACGACUUCGAACUCGAGUUCAACCAGUCGGAGGCCACCAACUGCGCCAAGGCCGGCGCCCUCAUCCUCAACACCUUCCAAGACCUCGAGGCCGACGUCCUCGCCGCGCUCCGCGCCGAGUACCCGUGCAUCUACACCAUCGGCCCACUGGGAUCCCUCCUCAACCAAGGCACCGUCGCCGGCGACGGAAAAGACUCGUCCUCCACCAGCGGCCUGAGCCUGUGGAAGCAGGACACCGAAUGCCUCACGUGGCUGGAAACGCAGGAGGCAAGAUCCGUCGUGUACGUCAACUUCGGCAGCCACACGGUGCUGACACCGGCGCAGCUCGCCGAGUUCGCGUGGGGCCUCGCGGACAGCGGCCACGCGCUGCUCUGGUCCAUCAGGGAGAACCUCGUCCCCGGCGGCGGUCUGGCCGCGCUCCCGCCGGAGUUCGCCGCCGCGACGGCGGGCCGGUGCCGCCUCACCACGUGGUGCCCGCAGGAGCAGGUGCUGCAGCACCCGGCCGUGGGGUGCUUCCUCACGCACAACGGGUGGAACUCCACCUGCGAGAGCCUGGCCGCCGGCGUGCCCAUGGUGUGCUGGCCGGGAUUCGCCGACCAGUACACCAACUGCAAGUACGCUUGCGAGGUGUGGGGAGUGGGCCUCCGGCUUGACGACGAGGUGAGGAGGGAGCAGGUCGCCGGCCACCUCAGGCGGGCGAUGGAGGCGGAGGAGAUCAGGAGCAGCGCCGCAGCGUGGAAGGCCAAGGCGGCAAAGGCCGCCGCCCCCGGCGGGUCGUCUUAUCAGGACCUGCAGAGGAUGGUCAUGGCGCUCAACUCUGUAACUGAUCGGCUCUAG